CGGUAGAUAUACCGAGAGCACUGCCCGAUCCAUCAAAGCGUCUCCUUCUUCUCCUCCUCGGCGGCGGAAGGCGAACAGCGAGGAACCCUAACCCUAACAACCAGUAGAUCCGAUCUGCAAGGCCUGCGACGAUGGCGGCUUCCCUUCGCGCGGCGGCGACGAGGAUCCUCCGUCCGGCGGGCCAGGGGCUUCGCCGGCUCGUCCACACCCAGGAGCAAUCUGGAUCCACCCGUGCCUUGGAGGAAGGGUACCCUGCAGCGCAAAUCCAGCAGAAGAAGGAGGAGCUGUACGAUCUCAUCGCCGACGCCUAUGCCAAUUCCGCGUCUUCCCCUGCUGACAGAUAUGUGCUCAAGGUUCUCUCCACACAAAUCAAGCCGAGACCACAUGACCCUCAGUGGUGUGAGAUAAUUACAAUCAAGAAGGCGGGCAACUGGGCUCUGGGAGGUUUUUGUUUUGUUGGUGGUAGCAUAAUUCUUGCUGGCCUUGCUCAGGGUGUGCGUAAGCGAGCGGAGCUCGAGAUGCCCAAGCCUGUGGAGCCAUACAGAAUCAAAAGGAAACUGCAGAAGCAAGUCGAGUGACGACGAAAUGCAUCUUGUUUGAUGGAGAAGCAAGGCCGAUAUUAGUUCUUCUCCAACGCACUCUUAUUCAGGCCUCUUAAACUAUGGCAAAUUGUUCGGGUUUAUCAUUUCUGUAAACUAUAUAUAUGUCUAUGAUCUGCCACCUAUGACUGAGUAGUACUAUUACUGGAUGAUCUUUGAUCGCAUUGUAAGAUAUUUGUGAUGUUGCUGACAUCGUAUGUUGUCCUUUCUGUUUGAGUAAAUUGUGUGAAAAUCAGUCUCA